UCAUUGCGCCACCCUCAUUCUGCCAUCGAGAGUUUUCCUGUGAGUGUAGCUCUGAGCAGCGGGUUUGGUCAAACUCAGGAGCUCGUGUUCUCGCAGGAUGUUGUGAGCGCGAGAGGUGGUGCCGCUCUCAGCUCGCGCGGUGACGGUUGGGACAGCGAGACGUGGUUCAGGCAGCAGCUGGAAGACUCGAGCGAGUACAAAUUCGUUGGGAAGGGCGGAAAAUCACGGACCGACGGCCGCUCCAUACAUGACAAGGUCGGGUGGGUGGGGAGAAGUUUAGGGAGCAACGCUGAUCCAGUCCUCUGUGCUCCUGGAAAGAGCCCGGAACCGAGCGACGCGACUCGUUGUAUUCUGACAGUAAACAUUUGAGAUGUUCCUGUAGAAGCUCUCUAAGUUGUUUAGCUUUUACUUUUGUUGUUUGUUUUGGAUUUGUUUAACUUUGGAAAUGAGUGCGUCAGUGAACGGAGUGGAACCAAAACCCGUUCCGGCGGCCAGUCUGAACGGACCGGGUUCUGUUCCUCCAAGCCCCACCGAUGUCAAAACACCCGAGUCGGUGCUACCGGACGAGGAGCCGCAGUCCACGGUGACAGACGCCACGCAGAUGGGGAUCAAGUUCGCCAAGACAUUCCUGCUGAUUUUCCCCAUAUACGUGCUGGGAUAUCUGGAGUUCAGCUUUAGCUGGGUCCUCAUCGCCCUGGCCGCGCUUUUCUGGCUCAGACGGAACCAGAGCAGCAGAUUCGCUCCGGUGAACCGGGCGCUGGCGUUUCUGGAGCAAGAGGAGCGAGCGGUGCGUCAGAGCGUCCGGAGCUCAGAGCUGCCGCCCUGGGUUCAUUUUCCAGAUGUGGAGAGAGUGGAGUGGCUCAACAAGACUGUACAUCAGAUGUGGCCAUAUAUUUGUCAGUUUGUAGAUAAAAUUUUCAGAGAGACCAUUGAACCGGCAGUACAGGGAGCCAAUGCACACCUUAGUACUUUCACCUUCUCCAAGAUAGACAUGGGGAACAAGCCCCUCAGGGUGGAUGGAGUGAAAGUUUAUACAGAGAAUGUAGAUAAGCGACAGAUUAUUAUGGAUCUACAGAUCAGCUUUGUCGGAAACACUGAAAUCGAUGUGGAUAUUAAGAAAUACUAUUGCCAUGCAGGAAUCAAGAGCAUACAGCUUAAUGGUGUGUUGAGAGUCAUCAUGGAGCCAUUGCUAGGAGAUAUGCCACUGAUUGGUGCACUGUCUGUGUUCUUCCUCAAGAAACCUUUUCUGGAUAUAAACUGGACAGGUCUUACUAAUAUGCUGGACAUCCCUGGAAUAAAUGGUCUGUGUGACAGCGUUAUCCAGGAUAUCAUAUACAGUUUUCUCGUGCUGCCAAACAAAAUCACUAUUCCACUUGUAGAUGAUGCACAGAUUUCUAGACUCCGCUUCCCAAUGCCAAAGAGUAUUCUGCGGAUUCACUUUCUGGAGGCACAGGACAUUAUAGGGAAGGACAAGUUUCUGGGUGGCCUGAUAAAAGGAAAGUCAGACCCGUAUGGUGUCAUUAAGCUGGGCAAUCAGCUCUUCAGAUCCAAAAUCAUCAAAGAGACAGUUAAUCCUAAAUGGAACGAAGUUUACGAGGUAUUUGUGUACGAUCACCCAGGACAGAAUGUGGAGAUAGAGCUUUAUGAUGAGGACCAUGAUAAGGAUGAUUAUUUGGGAAGCCUUACCAUCAACGUAGAUGAACUAGAGAAGGAACAGAAAGUAGAUGAGUGGUUUGUACUUGAUGAUGUUGCUACAGGAAAGCUUCACCUGAAGAUUGAAUGGCUUUCUCUUCUCCCUACACCGGAUAAACUCGAUGAGGUUUUAAGCAGCAUUAAAGCAGAUAAAGGGCAGGCCAAUGAUGGACUGUCAUCAGCAUUACUGUUGGUGCAUCUGGACUCAGCCAAAAAUCUCCCAAGUGUUUUUGAGGGGCAGGUGGGCAGUGGGUGUCUGAGAGAGCGCCGCUCUGCCGGGCUGGUGUUCUGUGAGAACACUUCUGCCCUCUACAGGACAAUGUUUUCUAGUAAAAAUGUCACCAGUGUGCCCAGUCCAUUCGUCCAGUUUACCGUGGGACACAAAUCCUUUGAGAGCAAGACAAGAUAUAAAACCAACGAGCCGCUUUGGGAGGAGGCCUUCACAUUCCUGAUCCACAAUCCAAAGUGUCAAGAACUUGAAGUGGAGGUAAAGGAUGCGAAGCACGAGUGUUCCCUAGGGACGUUUUCUUUUCUUCUGUCAAAGCUGCUGCAGGAGGAUCAGAUGACUAUCAGUCAGCGAUUCCCACUCAGGAACUCGGGACCCGGCUCCACGAUUAAGAUGAAGAUGGCACUUAGGAUUCUCUCUAUGGAUAAGUUGGCAGUAUCAGGUCAGCCGUCCUCCGUUCAGAUCCGCCGCCCCAGCGAGAUCCCCAACGCCUCUCCUCAGCGGCCCAAUGUUUCAGAGCCCAUCCCAGUACCCAAAACCCAGCCGCAGACCCCAUCACCCAGAACCCAACCCUCCCCGCGAGUGGAGCCCCUAAUAGACAGCAGGCCAUUUGAGGACUCACCUACCCGUCUGGCUAAUUCGGGGUGGAGCACGUCUAACCUGGCCAUCUCUGGCUCUGAGCUACACCUAAACAGCAAAGAGCCGACCCCCAGCAUAGCAUCUGACAUCUCUAACCCCAGCACCACCCAGGAGCUCCAGAAGACAAUGCAACAAAUACAACAGAAUGGAGCCUCACCUGGUUUCGCUCCAUUGGGUGAAGUUCAGUUAACCAUCAGACACAGUUCUCAAAGAAACAAACUAAUCGUCGUGGUGCACGGCUGCAGGAAUCUGAUCUCUUGUACGGAAAAUGGUUCUGAUCCAUACGUCCGUUUGUAUUUGCUGCCUGAUAAACGACGCUCUGGACGCAGAAAAACAAGCACGAUAAAGAAAACAGUAAAUCCGGUCUAUGAUCAAACGUUUGAAUUCAGCGUGUCACUUGUGGAGUUGCACAGAAGAACUCUAGAUGUGGCUGUGAAGAAUGGAGGAGGAAUUCUGUCAAAACACAGAGGGCUGCUGGGAAAGGUGUUAGUUGACUUGACCUUUGAGGAUAUAUCAAAGAGCUCAACGCAAUGGUAUGAGCUUUCAGUGGACGGGCUGAGGCGACAAUCCCCUUAACCAAAGGAACUAACUUCUUUCUGCCUACACAUACUGUAUUAA